AUGCGUUAUACGUAUUGAAAUUUGAAAUUUAAAAUGUUUUAAUUUUGAAUUUUGAAUCAAACAGCAGACAAUAGUUAUAAUGUUGUAAAUUUGUAUUUUGUUACUUGCUAUAAUAAUAUUCAAUACUUAAUAUUAACAAAUUCAAAACUCAGAGUGUAUCUAGUUACGAAACGUUUGAACUUAAUUGUUUGUCUCUAUAUAAGUUUUGAGAAUGUUUAAUCCCAAGAAAAAUAAUAACCCAUCGAAAUUACAAGAUGAUAAUAAUGACAAUGCAGCUCGUCUUAAAAAUUGUAAGUUUGUGCCUAAACCUACUUUGUAUUCAUCAAUCGUUCAAACAGAAUCAAAGUUGAAGAACAUUACACUUUCUCGUUUGGAACCCAAACCAAAUACGGUCAAAAGAGGAGUCAGAGAAGUGAAUUUUCCAUUGACCGAACAUGUGUACGACUAUAAUAAUAUGGUGAAUGUCGGAUUAAAUAGCAAUUUAAACACUAUAAGAAAACCCAAGCCUAGAGAACCACAUUCAACAAAAAAUCCAGAACCCAAGUUAAGUGAUUAUUACAGACCAAACUUCAAUAAUGUCCAACGGAUACAAAUGAACAGCAUAAAAACUAAUCCAGAAUUAACAGUACAGUAUGAUGGGUUGGCAGUGUCGAGAUUACUAAAUGAAAUUGAUGAUUUAAUCUUUAGAUAAAGAAUCAGUUGUAAAAAAAAAAAAUGAUACUACCUAUUUGUUAUUAAUCUUAACUUUGUGAUAUUUUUAAACGUGAUGAGACUACUAUUUAAUUAUAUAUUUUAAUAAUAAUGAGAUUAUGGUUUAAUUACUAUUUAAAAUCAUUCUUUGAAAAUGAAGGAGACCAUUUUAGAUUUUAUUAAUUGUAAUAAUAUUUUAUUUUUGUUGUUGUUUACUGCAUCCAAAAUCGUAAAUACCAAUGUAAUUCUAUAAUUUAUUAAACACUUGAUGUUUUAUUUUUA